CUGAUGCAACCGGUCUGAACAAAGUUGGAGUAAAUAUUUCCAUUGUCGACUACACAGAUUCUGAUGAAUCUCAGACUCCAUCUAGGAAUCCUGUUCAUGUUAACAGAUGUUUUCAGAUAUCAAGUCCAAGUUCUGCCUCUGACUAUGAACUCAGCCUCUCCAAAAAGGGUUACCACCAAGUUCCUAUCCCUAGGCUUAGGAGGACCAAAAGCAUACAGAUGAAAAACUGGAUUGAUUUGGAUUCGGAUGAGCUUUUUGACUCAACCUCAGCUGACAGUGGAGAGGAAUAUAUCCCAAAGACCAGUGAAGAUUCUGAUGGUACAGACAUCAGUGAAGUUCUUGGGCCCGUCAAACAGAGAGAGAGCCAGAGAGACAGUUUGCUUCAAAGGCAUGUGGAUGACAUUGAAGAUAGUGUUUUUUCCCCAACAGAAGCAAGUGCCUCUUCAAAACAGUUGGUUUAUAGAGGACGCUCACCCUUAAGAAAGAGAUGCAGCCGUGGUACAAGACGUAAAAGGCAACGUUUAACUAGUGUGUCCUGUGCUACAACACCAACUAGGAGUGGUAACUCAUCAAAACUGAGUGAAAUAGGAGACACUGGUUCCCUGUUAGAAAACUCAAUUCCAGAUCUGGACCAGAAUCUUCCUGACAGUGCCUCUUCACUCCUUACAGAAGAUAGAGAUUCUGAUGAUUCACUCGUCAUACCUACCAUCUGUAAAAAGGAGAACGGGUCAAGAAUAUACAACAAAAAGCAGUUUUGUCUUUACUGUAAGUUGGGAGUUGUUAAAAUUGCAAGACAUUUGGAGCGGGCUCAUCCCAAUACGACAGAGGUUGCAGAGGCUUUAUCCUUUCCUAAACGCUCAAAAGAAAGACGAAUGCAUCUGGAACAUUUGAGAAACAGAGGCAACUUUGCACACAAUGUUGAAGUAUUAAAUUCCGGUGUUGGAAAUCUUGUUCCUCGCAGGCAGCCAAGACAGGACUCCAAAGCACAGGAUUUCAUGCAUUGUACAUAUUGUCAAGGGUUUUAUGCAAGGAAACUUCUUUGGCGGCACAUGAUCGUCUGCAAGUUCAAGCCUAAUGUUCCAGGCAAACCAGGCAAAACCCGUGUCCAGGCUCUCUGUGCAUUUACUACACCACCACCACCUGGUGUCAAACAAGAACUUUGGAGAUUGAUAACCAAUAUGGUACAAGAUGAAGUUUCUUCUGCAGUCAAAUCUGAUGCCUGUAUCAUGGAGUAUGGUGAGCAUCUGUUUAACCGACUUGGUUAUGAUGCUGGCAAACAUGAGUACAUUCGGCAGAAAUGUAGAGAGCUUGGAAGGCUUCUGCUCUGCUCAAGGAAAACCACUUCCUUAAAGACUAUUCAAGACCACAUCAAACCUGCAAACUUUAUGCAAGUUGUGCAAGCUGUGAAAUGUGUGGCAGGCUAUGACAAAAGUCAGGUCACAUCCAGUCAGAGGGAGGAGAACGAGGCAUCAGAUGUGGGCCAUAGCAAUGCCUCACCACAGCAGAACCGUAGCGAUGCCUCACCACAGCAGAACCGUAGCGAUGCCUCACCACAGCACCCUCAGUCAUCAAAAAGAGAAAGAG